GAAAACAUCCCCAUGUCCAAGGGACCCCAGGCUGAGACCUGCGUCUUCUUGGACCUGGAAGCCACCGGGCUCCCCAGUGUGGACCCCAAGAUCGCCGAGAUCUCGUUUGCCAUCCACCGCUCCUCGCUGGAGAACCCCAAGCGCGAUGAGUCUGAUGCCCCGGUGCUGCCCCAGGUCCCGGAUGAGCUCACGCUCUGCAUGAGCCCGGAGCGCCCGUUCACUGCCAAGGCCAGCGAGAUCACCGGCGUGAGCAGCGAGGGCCUGGCCAGGUGCCAGGAGGCCGGCUUUGACAGCGCUGUGGUGCGUACACCGCAGGCCUUCCUGAGCUACCAGGAGGGCCCCUUGUGCCUCGUGGCGCACAACGGCUUCGAUUAUGACUUCCCCCUGCUGUGCCCGGACUGCCUGGGUACGCUGCCGGUGCCGCGGGGCCUGGACCAUGCCCACAGCCAUGGCACCCGGGCCCAGGGCGGCAAGGGUUACAGCCUGGGCAGCCUCUUCCGCUGCUACGUCCAGGCGGAGCCGAGGGCCACGUGCACACCCGGCUCAUGGUUUCUGCACCGCGCCGCCGAGCUGCUCGCCUGGGCUGAUGAGCAUGCCCUUAGCUGGGCCCGUGUCGAGCCCAUGGACGUGCCACCCGACGGCCCGAGUCUCAAGGCCUGAGCCAGGGGCUCGGUAACGCUGCUGCCCAGGGUGACGAGGCGCACUCCCUGCAGUAGGGCAGUGCCAGCCUCCGCCGUUCAGCCGGGCUGUGUGGCCCGGAGCUGGACCUGGGCCAGUGCCUUGCCGCCCAUCCUGGCGGGCCUGUGCGCCUGCCGGGCUUUCCCUGGCCCUGGCCUAACCUGCCCCUCAGCCCUAGAGCCUCCUCCCGGCCCCUCCCCCGGCCCGUGCCCUGGUAGAGGUUGCUGCCGCUGGCGCCCACCCUCCACCCCGUCUUUCAAUAAACAUUGACAACCGCUCACCAGCUGCCUUUCGCUUGCUCUCCUCCCUACACCCUGCCCGGAGUGGGCCAAGAGGGAGCCAGGCCAGGGGCACGAGCAGAGCACCCCAGGGCUGCCCCCUUGUGGCCUAUCUCUGCGGUGAGCCUGGUCGGGGAGCCGUCGGCGUUCACAGCCUGGUCCAAGGGGCCGACAGGCUGGGGCUGUGGACCUCAGGCCAUGGGCCUCUGCCCUGGCUGGUCUCCUACUGUGCCAUCGAUGAUCACCCCUUCCCUGCCUUGUCACCCCAGAGACCUAAGAAAUCAGCGAGCAGGACCUAAGGGACAUCUGUGUGGCCCGAAUCUGUGUCGAGGAGACAGAGGGAAGAGGGAGCUGCAGCCCCGGCCUCCAGGGGCAAAGCCCCACUCCUUCCUUUCCUGGAGCCUCUGUCCCAGCUCUGCGAGUGGCAGCAGGGUGAAAUGAUACGGUGCCCUCCCCAAGCCCAUGCUCGGACUGGCCAGGCCAAGCCGUGUGCCUUCUGCGCCGAGAAGACAGGCUGGGACCUGCCCCCCUGCUGUCUGAAAGCUGUGAUGUGCUGAUACAUGGUGACAAUGUAGUUGCUACAGACUCAAGUCUACACAAUCAACUGAACAAUAAGAGAUGAAGCCCUGGUUUGUAGGCUGUGCUGAUUCCUGUGGGGUAAAUCCUCCCACCAGGCCACGUUCAGGCUACUCAUGUGGUUGAGAAGAGAUUCUGGGUGGUGCGCUGUGACAUGGGUGCGAGGGGGGAAAUAAGGCAUGAUGAAUUUUGAGUAUCUCCUUGGUUUUUUAAUACAAUUUAAAUGAAAGGUUAUACAAUUUAAUUUUUAAUCAUGGUGGUGUUUAACAAUCAACUCUCAAAAUUCCCGAACUUUUUUUUUUUUUUUUUU